CAAAUUGCAACGUAACACAAAGCGAAGGAAAUAAAAACUAACUCGAAAACGAAAAUUUCAAAAAAAAAAAAAAACAACGCUCAUAACAAGACAAAGCAAUCGGUGUCUUUGCUAUUCGGAAUUAAGGACACUCACAGAAUUAUACUCGGGCGGCAGGAUAUAUACGAAUAAACCCCAGCAAAAAUGUUUAAAUUGUCUUUUAUUCUCUUCACACUCGUCGCCUUGGCCAACGCACGUCCUGGCUACCUGCAUGGCCAUUACCCACACAUUGACUACCCAUUGCUGCCUCACCAUCAUGAACCGUUACAUUUGACUAAACUGGUGCACAUACCGGCUGCCAUUUCACAUCAGAGCUCAACAGUUAUUCACAGCGCGCCAAUCAUUAAGCCAGUUGUGGUGCCGGUGCUGAAGACCGUCGUGCAUCCGAUUGUCAAAACAUAUCAUCCGGCGCCCAUAAUCAAGGCUUAUCACCCAUUCGCUUUGGAUCCAUACCAUCAUCACUACGAUCAUCAUGACUUUCAUCAUUACCAUUAAGCCCUGUAAAUAAUGCUUAUGACAACCGAAGCAGCUUCUUUGAAAAGUGAAGGGGAUGACUGAGAUGACGAUGAAUAUAUGUACAUACAUAUGUAUGUCUAAAAUUUGCUGGAAAUCGCGCACAAUUACCCGCAACAUGUUUGGAGAGGCUAGUAAAUUUCCAAUAACAAUUAACAAAAUUUUAUAAGGGCCAUUAUUCUUUUUUAUAUAAUACUCGUAUGCGUCUAUUUUAUACUAUAAUCACUAAUAUAUCAUGUCACAUGACCACUUCUGAUGAUUUCUAUAAUAUUUUAUGAAAUAACAAUAUCCUGUACAAAGAGCACAAAUCCGUGAGGAGGGGAGA